CGUCGUUUGUGACCAAUGGCGAAGAGGCGAGCGAGACAUUGCCGCGGGCCGCGGCACAUCUCUAGAGCGUGUCGUGCCGCUGCCGGGGGUGUAUGUGUUGUGUUACCGACGGUAAACGAGCGACGCGAGUGCGACAACCACGACGCCGACGACGACGCCGCCGACGCCGCUGCAGUGCCUCUUGAUGGUGCGCCGACGAUGGCCGCCGAGGUGGGAGCUCCAGGGGGACCUAGGGGACGACGCAAGCAAGCCAAGCCGCAACGCAAAGUGGAGGUGGUGAACGGGGUGCAGAUGAGUCCCGAGGCCCCCGCCAAGCGUCUGAAGGAGGCCACCGUCCCCGAGGAGGUCCUCAACGGUCUCUCGAUGCAUCCGCCCAAAAUAGUGACCGGGGGCUCGGCCGAGGACGCCCCCAACGACCUCAUCUCGGUGAAAGCAGCAGUUGGAGAGCAAGAAGAUGAAAACAUCGAGGAGUAUCUCCAGAGGAGCGAUACGGCGGUUAUCUACCCGGAACCUGUUGGCCACUCGGAAAAUGUUUCCCCAUUGACAAACGGCGUGAGUAAGGAAGGCGAUGAUCUCAACACCACCACCACGUCAAACGGCGACUAUUACAUCAAAUGUCCGCAGUGUCAGAAAGGAUGUCAGACAUUUCAUGCAUUAAAAGAGCACAUGGAGACAUCACACGCAGAAUUGACAGCAACGACGCCUGAAAAUGGUCUUUUGACAACGACGCCGACGACGACGACGACGACAUCCACACCCAAUGCCGCCGUCUCGCCGACGUCGGGACCUGGAGGACCGUUUGGAUGCUCGCAAUGCACCACCUCCUUCGCCACCAAAGACCAACUGGACAAACACGAAUUGCUGCAUUCGCCUAAUGCUCAAGUGUCCUGUAAGAUCUGCAACAAAACCUUCGCCAAUGUCUAUCGCCUCCAACGUCACAUGAUCAGUCACGAUGAGAGUGCCGUACUACGCAAGUUCAAAUGCACCGAAUGCGAUAAGGCCUUCAAGUUCAAACACCAUUUGAAGGAACACAUUCGAAUCCAUAGUGGCGAAAAACCCUUCGAAUGUCCCAACUGUGGUAAACGUUUCUCCCACUCAGGAUCCUAUUCUAGUCACAUGACAUCGAAAAAAUGCCUCGUGAUGAACUUAAAAUUGGGCCGUGCACGUCCAAACACACCCCAAAAUCAUCAUCGUCCAAUCAAACGUUCAACAACAAAUAAUAACAUCACAACAAGUCCAAAUCACAAUACUUAUCUUCCAAUUCUUCCCAAAUAUUCCGAAUUCCUUCAACCACCAUUCUAUUUGGCACCACCCAUAACCCCAUAUUUGGGGCACAUCUUCGAACAAUUGCAACGACCACCACCCCCACCACCACUAGACGAUUUCAACAACACCACUCAACCAAUCAAAAUCGAAGAAGAGGCCAAAUCGUGUACUUCAAGUGAUUUAGUGAUGGAUGAGGAGGAAACGAAAGAAGAUGGGGGUACCACCGCCCCCAAUGGAGACUUGGAGGCGGUAAAACGCAUCCUUGAAACUGUCAACGCAACUGUAACCAAACAGUUGUUACAGGCAAACAUAACGAAAUUCUCAUCGGAAUCAUCAUCAAGUGACAACUCUUUGGGACAUUCCCCUAAAAUCACUCCAACCAAUGAUGGUGAAUGUAGUGAAGGUCUUGCUGCAAAACUUGAAGAUUGUGUAACAGUAAAAGAAGAAGAAGAAGAAAUUGAUAGUGAAUCUGUCACAACUACAGAUCAUGUCUCGGAAGAUGGCCGUAAAGUUCGUGUACGUUCGUUAAUCUCCGACGAACAAUUGAAAGUACUCAAAGACAACUAUGCGUUAAAUCCACGACCAAAACGUGAAGAUUUAGAGAAAAUAGCCGAUUUGAUUGGUUUUCCAGUGCGUGUUGUACAAGUAUGGUUUCAAAAUACACGUGCACGUGAUCGACGUGAAGGGCGCCUUAUACAGGUGCCCUAUAGUCCGGCCCUGAGAUACCCUUUGGUGCCUUCCUCCUCACUCACCAUAACAUCUUACAAUGAACAACCGUUAGAUUUGUCAACGAAACGUGGACCACCAUCAUUGGAUGAUUCCUCACCAGGUAGUUCCCCCCCUCCACGACCAGAAUGUGUCGAUGAAGCUGUUAAUUUAACACAUAAAUCACCAUCGCCCAUUGAUUUUAAUAAUAGUAGUAGUCGAUUGGCCCAAAUUUUAGCACAACCGAAAUUAUCAAUGGGUAUGGGUUUGGUACCAAUGGAACAAUGGGAUUUACCCAGUUUGUCACAAUUGAUUACGAAUCGUUUGAAUAGUUUAAGUCCGAAGAUUGAAGAAGAUGAGAAGAGGAGUAAAGUGUCACAAUAUGUUUUGAAGGGUUUAGGAAGUCCGAUUUUGGGUGGUGGAGGAGGUGAGGGGGAGAUUGAAGGGCAAUUUAGUUGUGAUCAAUGUGAUAAGGCGUUUUCGAAGCAGAGUUCAUUGGCGAGGCAUAAAUAUGAGCAUUCAGGUCAAAGGCCCCACAAAUGCGACGAAUGCCCCAAAGCCUUCAAACACAAGCACCACUUGACCGAACACAAGCGUCUCCAUAGUGGUGAAAAGCCAUUUCAGUGUGUGAAAUGUCUGAAACGUUUUUCACAUUCUGGGUCAUACAGUCAACACAUGAACCACCGAUACUCCUAUUGCAAGCCCUACAGAGAGUAGAUGGGGGCCCCAAACCGGUCCCAGUACUUAGAGACUUGUACCACACCUCUUGCCACGCAAAUUCUAAUGUAAAUAGUAUUUAAAAAAAAAAAGAGAGUUUAUAAUUGGUUUUGAAAAAUACUUGUCUGGUACCUGUAUAAAAAUACUCAGCAACUCGUAUACAGUUUUGUGCCAGCAGAAUCACAGUCUUCCACCUGUGGGUGGGGUGGUAGGGGGGCACCAAUCGGAUGUGCAAUGCCGUAGUUGAGUUAUUGUGAUUGGAAUAUUUAAAAUAUUUUUUUAUUGUAGAUAAUGUAAAAUAAAAAGUGUUGCUUUCGAAGUGCCAUAUAGCCUUUGUGUGAUUGUAGAUUGGUUUCGGAACAUCGAUAUUGAUAGUUUAAUAUGCCUUUAGUUGAUAAACAGUACAAUAAGGGGGCGUUUCAUGACAAUACGUAGUAACCAAACAAUACAAUGAACAAAUGGUGCAACUCGUUACUCACUUUUAUAAUAAGCUAGCAUUUAAAAUAACAGCGGUGAUUGAGUUACCAGGUUUUAGAGUACUUUAAUGAAAGAAACCAUUCCAAAUUGUGUACCUAAGAUUAUUGAUUAUUUCCAGCGUGUGACUAAAGGAUAAGAUUUAUUGUUGACAAUAAUGUAGCCAUUUGAUAUAAACCUAUUUACUUAGUACUGCUAAUGUUAAUUCAUAAAGUAGCAUUUAUUAAAGAAUUCUCAAGGUAUGUGAGACUUUUCGAAUAUUAAAUAUGUAUACAACAUUAUAUGAUAUUAAAGGAAUAUAAAUUUUAAUAAUUACUUAAGAUAUUCUACGAUUUCAGUGUAUAGCUAUUUCUGUACAUAUUCAAUGUUUCUCUCUCUUUCUCUUUCUCUUCAUUUUCUAGUGCAUGUCCUCUCUUUCUAUUAUCGUAAUUAGUUCUAUUUUGCAAUAUUGUUGUGUGUAAUAUUUUUAUUUUAUUUGUUAACUAAAUGUAAAUUUUUUACCAUUACCAUGGCUAGUAUAACCAAAGAUUUUGUAACAUAUUAGUUUAUUAUUUUUGUUUUCAUUUAAAUGUCCAAUUCACAUUCUUUUUGUUAUAAUUAUAUUUUUUUACUUUCUAGAUUGUCUCUUGUAAAAAUGGUGAUUAUAAAGUAUGUCUGUGUCAAAUUCUAUUAUGAAAAGUUGGAAAUUGUAUUUUACUCGAUACAAAUAAACUAUAAAUUGCCAUCA